AUGAGUACCACAACAACUUCGACGACAACGGCAACGGCCGACGCUCGUGCCGAGCGCCGUGCGCAAUAUCAUGAGGCCGACGUGGUAGUGGUUGGUGCCGGCAUCUUUGGCUGUGCCGUCGCCUACGCCAUGGGCCAGCAGGGCCGCAGUGUCCUGCUGCUCGAGCGCUGGAUGAAGGAGCCCGACCGUAUCGUCGGUGAGCUGCUGCAGCCUGGUGGUGUCGCUGCCCUGCGCAAGCUUGGCCUCGGCCACUGCCUCGAGGGCAUCGACUCGAUCCCCUGUUAUGGUUUUGACGUCACCUUCCACGGCGAGUCCUGCAAUAUUCCCUUUCCAUCUCUCGACGAGAACGGCGACGUCGUCAUCUUGCCGGGCCACGCCGAUGCGAAUGCCACGACGCCCGACGCCAAGAAGACACAGGGUCGCGCCUUCCAUCACGGACGCUUCGUCGCCAACCUGCGCCGCGCGUGCCAAGGCCAGAAGAACAUCACCGUCGUCGAGACCGAGGUGACGGGCAUGAUCCGUGGCGAGGAGUCGGACCAGGUUCUCGGUGUCACAGCCCGCACUAUCAGCCCUUCGAGCGGCGAGAAGGAGGCCGACUACUUCUUCGGCCAGCUCACCAUUAUUGCCGACGGCUACGCCUCAAAGUUCCGAAAGGACCUUAUCCCCCAGCAGCCCGUCGUCAAGUCCAAGUUCUACGCCCUCGAGCUCGUCGACGCCCCGCUGCCGAGCCCACGCUUCGGCCACGUCUUUAUUGGAGGAGCCUAUCCUGUUCUCAUGUACCAGAUCGGCAGCCACGAGACGCGUGCUCUCAUCGACGUCCCUGCCAACAUCCCCGAGGCCGCCCCGGCCGCUGGUGGCGUCCGCGGCUACAUCUCUAACUGCGUACUGCCCUCGCUUCCGCCCCAGCUGCAGCCCUGUGUGGCGGCGGCGCUCGAGGAUGGCAAAAUCCCGCGCUCCAUGCCCAACUCGUGGUUGCCGCCUUCGCGCCAGCCGCGGACCCAGGGCGUUCUCCUCCUCGGCGACGCCAUGAACAUGCGUCACCCCCUGACGGGCGGAGGCAUGACCGUGGCGUUCAACGAUGCCGUCCUCGUCACCGACCUCCUGCAUCCAGACGUCAUCCCCGACCUCGGCGACGGCGCCGCCGUCCGCCGGGCCAUGGACACGUUCCACUGGCGCCGCAAGUCCCUGACCUGCAUCAUCAACGUCCUGGCCCAGGCCCUCUACAGCCUCUUCGCCGCCGACGACCGCCUCCUGCGCGCCCUGCAAAAGGGCUGCUUUGAUUACUUCAAGCGCGGCCACGCCACUGUGCCCAUGGGCCUCAUGGGCGGCCUCAUCCAGCGCCCUGCCAUCCUCGCCUACCACUUCUUCACCGUCGCCUUUGUCGCCAUCUGGAUCAACGCCUGCGACCUCGUCUCCGGCCCGCUCGGCUUCCUCAAGGCCCCGCUCGCCGUCGUCGACGCCAUUCUCAUCCUGUGGAAGGCGAGCAUGGUCUUCCUGCCGCUCAUCUUCCGCGAGGCGCAAUAA